AUGAUUACGCCUCGUUUUCGCUUGGAACAAUCGGAAAACACGUGCACGAUCAAAAUCCGCGCGCCCUACACGCACCUGCGAGAUUUGGACGCGACAGUCGAAGAAAAUGCCUUUUUGUUCGUGUGCAGGCCGUAUUAUUUGAGGUUAACUCUCCCGGGCGACCUGAUCGAGAACGAAAACGCGCACAGCUCGUUUGAUUCCGAUACCGGCGAGUUUACGUUCACCUACGAAAAGGCGAAACCAGGGGAAGAAUUUAAGAACCUGGAUUUUAUAACGACAUUGUUGACGCCUAAAAUCGAGGUGACGGAAGCCGAAGGCAGCAGAAAAAUCGAAAUAUUGACCGCGGAAGAUCAACCGGAAUUCGUUAACCUGGAAAGUAAAGAUUUAACACAUGGUUUUGGUUUUUCCAUGUUGGGGCACCACAACUUUGGAGCGAUCAGUGCUGAAUUCAGUGAAGUGUUCGAAAUCGAUCCUCGAGAAGUCAACUUGGAGGAGCGUAGGAAACUGAGGCUGCAAUACGAGCAGGGCAAAUUCGAUUCCUGCCAUUAUCUAGCCGAUUUACACGACGAUGAAGAAAUACGCGAACUGAUCAAUUUAAGUGCACCCUGGGAUAAAUUAACCCCUGAAAACGUUGUCUUCAGCGAAAAAGAGCUGGACUUCCUUAAAGAGUUAAGCAACCUAGACUACAACCUGACUGAGUUGCAAAAAAAGUACUGUUACAAUGGCCUGCUGGAUAUUUUAUUUGCUUAUUGUUAUGACAGAAGGUCAACGUACUUUGAAGGAACAAGUGAAUCAAGUUGGACGAUAACGAAGUUGGCCGCGACGUUUUCAUGGCUGGAUGGAUUUACAGAACCCCAACAAGCUUUAAUAUGCGCCUUCAGAAGAUGUUUGAUUUACCCCCUGUACAGAAACUUUGAAUUCAAUCAAGUUAUUUUAAAAGAUUUAAAGAAUAUUGUGCAGUUGGGAUGCAAGAAUAUAAUUAAGUGUUUUAUUGAUAUUUACUACACUCUUUUAACCGGUGAAAUGGGCACCUAUGUUUUAAACAACUUGUUCAUCAAAGAUUACAUUACAUACAUUAUGAAGUGGGAUAAUUCCGAAUGGGACAAUAUUGUGGAAAAAGUGAAGGAAUUGGAAAUAAAAAAGGAAGAUUUAGGAUUAAACUUGGGUGAAAUUGAGAGGGGAUAUUCUCUUGGCAAGCACCUCGAAAAAUUGACAAUUGAAAAAAGUGACAGUGAUGACAGUUCAGUGGAUUCUGAAAGUGACAGUGACAGUACUUAUAGUGAUGACGACACUGAUUCCGAAGAUAGUAGUACGAAAUAG